UCCUCACUGUGCCAUUCCCGGACCGAUCACAUAAUGUUCUCCUCUGUUCACCACAGAACACCCGGGAAGGGUCAGGAGGGUCUCUCCGCACUCUGAGUUUUGUUUCUUUCAGUCAGGCAGUAGGAGGGGCAGCCCCGGGAUGUGUCCCAUGAUGCAGUGCGCGGGGUCCUCCCAUCCCCACAUGCAGUUGCCGGAGGAACACGUGACAGAGAAGAGCCAACAUGCCCAAAUCUAAGAGAGACAAGAAAGUUUCAUUAACCAAGACGACCAAAAAGGGUCUGGCGGUGAAGCAGAAUUUAAUUGAAGAGCUGCGGAAAUGUGUGGACACCUACAAAUACCUCUUCGUCCUCUCCGUUGGGAACAUGAGGAACCAGAAACUGAAGGAUGUCCGCAACGCCUGGAAACACAGCCGGUUAUUCUUUGGUAAGAACAAAGUGAUGGCCGUGGCGUUGGGGAGGGGGCCUAGCGAUGAAUACAAAGAUAACUUGCACCAGCUCUGCAAGUGUUUGAAAGGGGAGGUGGGACUUCUAUUCACCGACCGCACACAGGAGGAAGUCAAAGAAUGGUUUGAUAAGUUUCAAGAGAUAGACUUUGCCCGGGCCGGAACUAAAGCCACGUUCAGUGUGGCCCUGGACGCGGGGCCCCUGGAACAGUUCACACACUCCAUGGAGCCGCAGUUAAGGCAGCUGGGCCUUCCCACCGCGCUAAAGAAAGGAGUGGUGACCCUCUUGUCAGAUUAUGAGGUGUGUAAAGACAAGGACACCUUGACCCCUGAGCAGGCCCGCUUACUGAAAUUAUUUGGUUACCAGAUGGCGGAAUUUAAAGUGACCCUAAAAGCCAUGUGGUCAGCAGAGACCGGAGAGUUCCAGAAGCUUUCAGCCAAUAAGGAAAAUGACGCCGAGGAGGAGAUGGAAGAGGAGGAUGAUGAGGAGGCCGAGCCGGAGGAGGAGGAGGAGAAGAUUUAGGGUCGCACGGUGAUCUGGACGCUGCAGGCCGGGUGAUUGGACUAUUCCUGCAUUGGCGCAGAUUAACCCCUCGUUGUGUGGAUCUACAAACCGACCUCCUGCUGCCUCUGCACUGUGACCGUUCCUGAUUAGCGGGACAAGAAGGUUCCUGGAGACUCUCUGCUCAGGUUCUGAGAGGAACAAUCCUAUUGCUGUGUUUUAACAGAGUCACAAAAUACCGUGUAUAUAAAUCCCCUCCCCCGCCCGGGGAGUUCUCAGUUUUCUGCUGCAGGGAGCGCGGUCUAGAUUUUACAAGAAGACCCCCUUCCGCGCUGGGGGUGGUUUUCAGGCGCUUUAGCGCUGGAAAUCACCUCAUCUAACCACCUCCCAUUUAUUCAAGUGCGACUUUUCAUACCGGGGUGCUUGUAGGAUGUUCUGAAAAGUCCUGCAAGUGGCGGGUUGGAAGCGCUGCUCAUUGGAAUGAAUGCGCAGCGAUAAAACUGUGCUUUUUGGCCACUAGUAGGUUGCUUUUUACCCCCUCC